AAUUUUCGUUUCUUUAGCUGCUGAUGAUACCAUCCAAGAUGGUGGCGGAUUUGUUUUCUCUAAUUUAGUACAAGGACUUAAUGUGAGCCAAUAUACCGCGACAACUCUUGACGUCCUGAAGAAUUCUGGAAUUAUUGAAAUCCUUGAAGUCGGUGGUCCAUUUACCUUCUUCAGUCCGGACCGGUUAGCAUUUGAACGACUCGGUGAUACAUUCAACAAAAAGUUCAGAAAUGACACCAAGGCAAUGGCGGAUUUCAUCAAAUUCCACACCGUGCGACACGUGUACACGUACGACGAACUACAUGUUAAUGAAAUGACAUUAUGGACUCUGCACCCACAACGAAUCCGUGUAAACUAUUACAGGAAUGGCGACACACUUUUAAUACAGGGAUCAAGAAUAAUGGCUAAAAAUAUGCUAACAAAGAACGGCAUUAUUCAUGUUGUUCAUGAUGCCUUUUUCCCGCCAAUUGGAAACAUUAUGGACGUCCUAUAUAAUGACCCUGACUAUACUACAUUUGUUCAUGCAUUACAAAUAACAGGCAUGAUAAAGAUCAUGCAAGAUGGGGGACCAUUUACCGUAUUUGCACCAGAAAAUACAGCGUUUGUUAGAUUUGGAGUCGAUGAAUGGCAAAAACUUCAAAGAAACGUGACAAAUCUACGAAAAGUAUUGGAAUAUCACGUGAUACGAGGAACUAUAUACUCAGUGGGAGUACAAGAUCAAAGUUAUCCUUCAUUAUAUCGACGAAGUCCUUUAAAGUUGACUUCAACUAUUAUGGGAGACAAGAUUUAUGCCAAUGGAGCUGUGGUACAGGAGAAAGAUAGCCAUGCUACAAAUGGUGUUGUACAUAAACUGACCAAAUUGCUAACACCGGCAAAUUUGUUUGAUGUCAUACACUUCAAUGAGCCAUAUGGAUCAAACAAAAAUACAAACUAUUCACAGAUCGUUGGUUAGGUCUUUUUGAUGUUGGUGAUUGUUACUAUUAACUUUAUUGUGUAUGCCAUUGGAAAUAAAAAUGAUUUUGGAA